GCGCAUGCGCUCUGUAGAUAUGCUACUUUUGUUGAUAUUCUGCAGGAGUCCAAUUUUUGAUUUUAGUUUGGUUUUCAGUUCUAUUUUCCGUCUGCGAUCCUUUAGAUUGUAUACAGUCAGGUAAACGUAAUAGACUCUGCAUGAGGGGCUGAUGGAAAACACGAGGGAUUUGACUGAACAUACUCCGCGGUCAGAAAGGAAAAGGCGGGACUCAUUCGGGAUGUUUGAUGGCUAUGACAGUUGCAGUGAGGACACAAGUAGCAGCUCCAGCUCAGAAGAGAGCGAGGAAGAGGUUGCGUCUAUGCCAGCAAGCCUACCAAUCAUCAAGAACAAUGGACAGGUUUACACAUACCCCGAUGGCAAAGCAGGCAUGGCAAUAGCCGGGACAGAUGCUUGGAGACAGGCGGGAUCACACCUUCUAAACGUCGGCACGUUAACAUCAAGGCACUACCUUGGAUCAGCAACCUGUGAAAUGUGUGGUAUGGUUGGAGUGAGAGAUGCCUUUUACUCCAAAACCAAACGUUUCUGCAGCGUUUCCUGCUCAAGAAGUUAUUCAUCUAAUUCCAAGAAAGCCAGUAUUCUGGCCAGACUCCAGGGUAAACCUCCAACGAAGAAGGCAAAAGUAUUACAGAAACAACCUCUAGUGGCUAAAUUGGCAGCUUAUGCCCAAUACCAAGCAAAUCAACAGAACCAAGCAAAAUUAAAAAUAGGGUUUAAUUGGGGUCAUUACAUUAGCAGCAAUAACAGUGUUGGAGCACCUGUUACCUGUUUUAAACAUGUGCCCAUGUCAUCCUGCUGGGGUGACGUUGCUGAAGGUGUAAGGGUAGAAGUACCGAACACCGAUAGUAACCUGCCAACAAAAGUCUACUGGAUAGCGGGAAUUGUCAAGUUAGCAGGCUUCAAAGCAUUGCUCCGGUAUGAAGGGUUUGAUAAUGAUACCAGCCAUGACUUUUGGUGCAAUCUCUGUGUUCCUGAGGUACAUCCUGUUGGCUGGUGUGCAACCAGUGGGAAGCCUCUUGUUCCACCAAAAUCAAUUCAGCAUAAAUACACAAACUGGAAAGCAUUUCUUGUGAAGCGACUUACUGGUGCUAAAACUCUUCCCCCAGACUUCUCCACAAAGGUACAGGAAAGCCUGCAAUAUCCUUUUAAAGCUUUAAUGCGAGUGGAAGUGGUUGAUAAAACACAUCUGUGCCGGACUCGGGUAGCGAUUCUUGAAACUGUCAUCGGGGGCCGAUUGCGGCUAGUGUACGAAGAGAGUGAGGAUGGCACAGAUGACUUUUGGUGUCACAUGUACAGCCCCCUCAUCCACCCUAUUGGAUGGUCCCGAAGCAUUGGUCACAGAUUUAAACGAUCAGAUGUUUCAAAGAAACAGGAAGGUCAGAUUGAUGCAUCUCCAGAAUUAUUUAUUAAGGUAAAAGAGGUUGACCAAAAUGGGGAAUGGUUUAAAGAUGGGAUGAAGCUGGAAGCAAUUGACCCUUUAAAUCUCUCUGCAAUAUGCGUAGCUACUGUAAGAAAGGUACUCGCUGAUGGAUACCUAAUGAUUGGGAUUGAUGGCUCAGAAGCAGCAGAUGGAUCUGACUGGUUUUGCUAUCAUUCCACCUCCCCUUCGUUAUUCCCUGUUGGCUUCUGUGAAAUCAACAAGAUUGAGCUUACUCCUCCCCGAGGUUACACAAAACUCCCAUUCAAAUGGUUUGACUACCUCAGGGAAGUAGGAUCCAUAGCAGCACCAGUCAAACUAUUCAACAAGGAGGUUCCUAAUCACGGGUUUCGAAAGGGAAUGAAAUUGGAAGCUGUGGAUCUCAUGGAGCCUCGCCUUGUGUGUGUUGCCACUGUGACCCGCAUUGUCCAUCGCCUGCUGCGGAUCCAUUUUGAUGGGUGGGAGGACGAGUACGAUCAAUGGGUCGACUGCGAGUCUCCCGAUCUUUAUCCUGCGGGGUGGUGUCAGCUGACUGGGUACCAGCUACAACCUCCAGCAGCACAGACCAGUUCAAGAGACAAUCCAACCAGUGUAUCAAAGCAACAGAAGAAAAAGUCCCAGCAGUACAAAGGACAUAAGAAAAAGAGGAAGAUGCCAGUUGGGAAGAAGCCUGUGAGUUUGUCGAGCCUGCCUAUGACAGGCAUGGUGAGGAGGAGUUUCUCUGGUGAUGAAGAGCUGACUCCCCCUCCAUACCGAACCCUUCCUGCACAGACAGCCCCGGAGGCCUUCCAGCCUCCCAGCACUAGCCGGGAGUUCUGUCCCAGCCUCAAAACAGCAUCUUCACUGCAGAUAAAGGAAGAGUUACUGGAUGGGGAUGACUUCACCUUCCUACAAGGAGUGUCUGACCAGGAAAGUAAUGGUUCUGGCAGCUAUUACAUCAAACAGGAACCAUAAGACAGCUGAGGGACUUUUGACAAAGCAAAAGCCUUAAUUCUGCCUGUCACGGUCACCAUGUGGAUUUCAGUUCUGGACUUCUUCAGCGAUACUCACCGACUACAAAAAAGAUUUCAUUUCAUGUGUUAAAUAGGUUUCAUAAUAUUUUGCUGAAAAAGUCUUUUGAACAGUUUGCCAGAUGGACUUUUAAGUUCAUUGUACUUGAAGUUUUCAAAGGCAUUUUGUAACAUUUUCAAAGUUUAAAGUUGUUAUGUACCAUUCACCAAGUUGAUUUGUUUUUAUUUUUUUUUGGAAU